AUAGAAGUCGCCAUGUUGUUUCACCCAAAACAAGAAAGCCUCAGAACUAAGAGGAGUUCGAGAUGCUGUCAUGUGCUGCUAUUAUUUGCACAAAUCGUGAUACUCGUGAAAAUCGCGAGAAGGGACUUACAUUCCACAGAUUUCCACACUGCAAUGCUCAACUUCUAAAGCAAUGAGUAGUAAAUAUGCGGAGAGAGGUGGAUUCCUGCAGCCAGAUCACAACUCUGUUCAAGUCAUUUCAGCGAGGAGAACUUCGACAGGACCGGCCAGACUGUUAGAUUACGACAAAAUGCAGUUCCAACAAUAUUUGACUUUCCUGAUCAUCUCCUAAAGAUAUUGGUGAUGGAGAAUGGAAACAGGUGUGAGGUUGCAGGCGCAUCCAAGAACAACUCAGGCUCUCUACAUUUGCAGACUCCAAAAAAUGAAGAGAUUUAUGAAAUAACCAUGCCGCUGGAAGAAAGCAGCUUCGAGCAGCAAGGAUUUCUCCAGCAAAAUGAUGCAAACUUUGAUGAGUCUCUGCCAUCUGCUGGCCCCUCUUCAGUCAGCAACUCCUUCCGGGCCAUCACCAACCUGCGCACGCAGUUGCAGAUUUCUCUGGAGAAAAAUUCCUGGCUGCAGAAGAGAAUCGAGGACCUGGAAGAGGAGAGGGACUUCCUUCGGUGCCAGCUUGACCGCUUCAUCUCUUCCACAAAAAGCCAAGGCUAUGAGCCAAGACGUUUUACCUGGAGGGGGAGGAGAGAGGAUGAACGUCCUGCAGAACAACAAACGACGGACUCGCCACGCUUCCCCUCUCACCAGUUCCUCCAGCGAAGGCCGGCCGCUCCGAUCGCGGCUCCCGCCAAGAAGCACGUCUCCAAUGCUGUAAGCAACCAUCUGGCCUCCAUGAACGCUCUGUUCACCUCGGCACAGUCCCAGGCCCUCCUUCAAGGGCUGGGCGCUGCGGGUAACUCAUCCAGUGGCAGCAGCAGCAGCUCCAACAGCUCCACCAGACCACUAAUGAAUGGACAUGGCAGUUUAGGAGCAGAUUCCUUUUCGCUCUUGGGAGAAUCUGAUGAGUAUUUGGAGCAUGAUGGCUACCUGGAAGAAGAGGAAAUGAUACCAGCUGAGGAUGCCGUCAACAGCAACAAACAGCAGUUCAAGAGAAGGCGGAUUUUCCGAGGCCUUAAAGAGAGGCAAAGAGUAAAAGACGCUGCCGGCGUGCUCUUCCGCUACAAGAAGAUCCUCCUCACAUACCAGCGCCUGAAAAACAUGUCCAAAGCCUUCCAGAUCCACGGCGUGGACCGCAACACGGUGGCUUCCACAACACCCAUCGCCGAGCUGCUGCUGGUGGCUCCGGAGAAGGUGGCGCUGGUGGGAGAGUUCGACCCCUCCAAGGAGAAGCUGCUGGACUACGCUCGCCGCUGCUACACGGCGCUGGAUGAGGAGACGCUGAGCAGGGUGCAAGCCCUGAAGAAAAACAACCUGCUCCUGCCCAUCUCUUACAGAUUUAGACACUGACAGUCUCAGGGGAUGUUCAUGCUAACCCUCAACACCCUGGAUUGGUCACCAGUGCACAUAUCACAAUCACAUGACACAUACAGGUGGUCCUCAGGUUACAAACCAAUUUUGGUCAGAGACUGUCACGUAAGUGGAGUUUUAGCGUCGGAACUGAUACCUAAAUUAUACCAAAUGAACUCCUAAAUCACUCUUACUGUCUGCCUUCUUAAAAUAUUUUCCCAGGCUAGUCUGGGAGGCUCUUUCUUUCCUCCCAGAUCCCCUUGUAGCAGCGCACGGAAUCCUUGACCCCUCGAUUCAAUCGUCUUUAUCCUUAAUGAUGGUCACGACAGAUGAUGACCAGCAUCGGUGGGCGUGUCUCCUCUCUCGAAGCUUUUUCACUUCCAUGGUGAUGGCUUUCCUUUUCUUUGGCACACUGCCGCUUGGGAGACAUCAUGAAGGGUCAAAAGUAGAGAUGCUCUAUAUCUUCCUUUUUUUUUUCAAACCAAUGCCAGUAACUUUGUGCUUCUCAAGACAGAUAUGAUACCUUUUUCUUUUUUAUAUCUUAUUUGUAUCUGUACUGUACCUUUGAUUAGUCCUAAGCAAAUAUCAUGACAUUACUACUACCACAUCACUACUAUCAGGAGAACCAGAUUAUAGAGCAGAGGGAGGCACCUGCUGUGGCCCAGCAAGGUGCACUAUAUUGGGGCAAACGCUCCGAGCAGCCGGUGUGACGCCACGGAGGUCCCUGUCAAUCUUUUUGCAAUUUUAAAACGCUGUGACGCUGGCGUUUCAGGGGGCUGAUAAGGUUUUUUGUUUGCUCUGAGCGUUUGGUACAACAUGCUUCCUCUGAAAGUGAGUGUUUGUUUACAAGUGAGCUCAGGGGAGGUUACGACAGCCCGUUAACGCCACAGGUAGGAGGAAAAAGAAGCGCUUGAUUUGAUCACUCGCACAAUGUGGGUAAUCUCACCUCAUUGGAGCGUUUUUUUAUCAGCGCUAUUGUUAAUGUUAUGGGAUUUAUCAGUCUGACGUCAUAAUUGCCUCAUAUUAAUUGUAGUAAAAAGUGAACUAAUAAGAGGUGUUAACCGUCCUUGGUGUGGCUGAGCAGGCACACUGGAUUCUUGUGCUGUGCGUGUCACGUAUUCUUCUGCGGGCACGUGCUGUAGCGAUUUCUCAAGCAGGCCUCGUGUUUCCAGACCAAAAUGACAUUUUCUGGGAGCACAUUCGUAACCCCAACAUGUCAUAAACCGAGGACCACUUGUAUCGACAAGCAAGCAUUCACACCACUGGACAAUUUGGAAUCUUAAAUUAGUCUAACAUACAUGUUUUUCGGGGUGCAACAUGCAAACUCCACAUUCAGCCAUGCUAACCACUAGGCCACUGUGCGGCCCUCAUGAUGUUCACUUCAUUAUGUUCCACUCUUAUGUGAUGUAAAACAUUACUUUAUAGUAUUAUGCUAACAUUUGGAUACAGUAAUAAUGCAACUAUAUGGCUAUGUAUCUUCAAAUGUUUUUUUAAAUUGCACUGAAAUGAUUUUGUACAGUAAUGCCGUGUUUGUAAGGAAUACGCAACGCAUAUUUAUAGUCACUGUGGUGCUUGGGUCUGUCUUUUUUGUAUUUGUCAUCCUUCUGUCACUUGCGUUAAAUGGUCGUCUGUAUAAUUAAAACAAAAUUGGAUUUUUUUAAAACCAAUUCGAAACAAAUG